AUGACCUACCUUCGAUCGGUAGUUCUUCUACUUGUCGUUUCGACACAAGUCCACUCGUUCCUCUUCCCAUCAACCGGAGGAGGAGGUGGUGGAGGAUGUGGAUGUGGAGCCCCACCACCCCCACCAUCUUGCGGAGGCGGAUGCGGAGCCCCACCGCCACCCCCAGCAUGCGGAGGAGGAUGCGGAGCCCCACCACCCCCACCAUCUUGCGGAGGCGGAUGCGGAGCCCCACCACCACCCCCAGCUUGCGGAGGAGGAUGUGGAGGAGGAGGCGGAGGCGGCGGAGGCUGCGGGGGAGGAGGAGGUGGAGGCGGAUAUGCUCAAGCUCCAUCUGGCGGAGGAUGCGGAGGAGGAGGCGGAGGCAGUGGAUACGCUCAAGCCCCAUCUGGCGGAGGAGGAUACGCUAGCAGCGGUGAGUACGCGUUGCCACAGAGAAACUUAACUUAAAUCAAUAGAGCUAAGGUGCUCCUUAAACACUCUUAAAUUAGUUUUAACCGUGUUUUUAUUAAGAUUAAGGUUUUAGUGCAUUCAAAACCCCAGGCUUGCUUACAGUAAGUUCAAAUUAUUGACACAGACUUUCUCAUAUAUAGAAGGACACCCCCUUUAGGGCCAAAAUAUUUUUCGGGUCUAGAAAUUUUCUUUUGAAUUUCCACUAACUUGAGAAUUUAAAACUUCUUGUUAAAGACACAAGAACCACAAAGAUCUCACGAUUUUUUUCAAAUGACAAAAACAGCAUGUACGCUCUAUCGCUUCUUUGUAUGCAAAAACUUUUCAAAAUCCCAAUAACAAACUUUUUCGUACAUUUCUAGGUAGUCUUGUGUCUUUAAUUUCAGACUCAUUAUAAAUGAAAACAUAUUCAAAUUUCUUUCAGGAGGAGGCGGAUAUUCCGGAGGCGGAGGAGGCGGAGGAUACUCAGGAGGAGGCGGAGGAGGCGGUGGAUAUGCCGCAGCUGCCCCACCUCCACCACCCCCACCCCCACCACCACCACCAGCACCAGCUCCAGGACCAGCUCCAUCCGGCGGAGGCGGAUACGAUCAAGCAAGUUCGGGCGGAGGCGGCUACCCCCAACGCUUUUCGCGAUUCUUCAACAAACAAUAG